GCAACUCACACACGUACUUCCAACAGCCUCACUGAACCACAAAACCUGCUGCCUGACAAGACCAGCAGAUUCACUUGCAAAGGGAAACAGAUCCAUCACUUUGUCUGGAACAGCACCUUUGCAGAAUACACUGUUGUGCCCGACUACACCCUGGCCAAGAUAGAUGCUGCUGCACCUCUGGACAAAGUCUGCUUGCUUGCCUGUGGUUUUCCCACUGGCUAUGGGGCUGCCAUCAACGUUGCCAAGGUAAAACCAGGCUCCACCUGUGCUGUCUUUGGCCUCGGAGGAGUCGGCCUCUCUGUUGUCAUGGGCUGCAAGGCAGCUGGAGCAUCCCGCAUCAUUGCCAUCGAUAUCAACGAGGACAAGUUUGCCAGGGCCAAAGAGAUGGGAGCCACCGAGUGCAUCAACCCUAAAGACUUCAAGAAGCCUAUCCAGCAGGUGCUCACCGAGAUGACUGGUCACGGCGUGGACUGCUCCUUUGAGGCUGUUGGGACCGCAGAUACCCUGAUUGCCGCCCUGGCCUCUUGCAAUAUGAACACUGGAGUCUGUGUCUUGAUUGGAAUACCACCUGCUGGUUCAACAAUUCCCAUUGAUCCAUUCCUUCUACUAAGUGGGCGCACCUGUAAAGGGACUCUGCUUGGAGGCUGGAAAAUGAGAGACUCUAUCCCCAAAUUAGUUGCCAGCUAUUUGGAGAAGAAAUUUAACUCCGACUUGCUGAUCACACACACGCUGCCAUUUGCUGAAAUCAACGAGGGAUUUGAAUUGCUACGUGCAGGCAAAAGCAUUCGCAGCGUGCUGCUCUUCUGAAGGAUGUGAUCAGGACAGCACGAGUGCAGCACACAGCCCAGCAGAUGCCCUCCUGUGCGGGCCCUUCCCUCCCACAUCGCCCUUCAUGGACUGUAAAGACAGAAGCACAAGGAACCUGUCAGCUGUGCUGCUGCUGCCAGCGCUCCUGAGCCCAUCCUCUCCUGAGAAAGCAGUUAUAUAAAUAAAGGCUCUCUUACAAACUC